AUGUCUCCCGUAGUGGAUGCCUUGAAGCAACACAAGUGGCUUAGACAUUCAGAUGAAGAAAUCAAGUUGUUGGCGACUUCCUACUUAUCUGAGAUUAUGAGGAUUACAACACCCAUAGUUCUGUAUAAGGAUGAAACUAUGAGAGAGGUUUUACAGCUGAUUGUGGAUAGUUUUCAUGGGUUACGUGAUGUCAAAGCUCUCACUUUUGGUAAGAGGGAUAAAAUAUUAGAUAUUAUGGCAUGGAUGGGAUCAUUUUUCCUUAUGUUGGAUCUCAAAUGUCAUGAGUUGAUUCUUCAAAUGUUCAAUUGUUUUAUUGUUGAAAUCAGGAAACAUCAUUCAGAUAAGGAUAAGAUAAAUAUGUUUGACAUAUUGUCCAUGAUCCUAGAUGAGGAUAAUGAUAUCUGCAGGCAGUUACAAUUAGAUGUGUUAGCAAUUUGGAGAGAGGAACUGGUAGUCUCACCUUGUGCUUAUAAGUUAGCCAAAGGAUUGAUUGAGCAGAAAAUUGAAAGGUUCAGGGGACAGAUUACAGAUGAUUGA